CUGUUGAGGUGAUCCAUGGCAACAGAGGAGCAGAGACCAACCGCCGAGCCUCUCUCCCCCCUCCUCCCUCCUCCUCCCUCCCCGACUCACUCACACGCAGCCUCCGCUCUCGGCUCACUCCGUCCGGUAAACGUAGCCGGAAUGCUUCGGGGAAGAGUCACUUCUAGCGGCCCGCUCUGAGCUGCAGACACCCCGGCACCAAGGUGACCGACUGGGAGGCAGCCAGCCCGGAGAACGGGGCUCCUCCUCCGCGCCAGGUCGCCCCGCACUGCCGCGCGCUCACAACGGACGGAAGAUGAUGCUCGCAGCGGGUGUUUUUCUCGGCAUAAAUUGGUAAACUAAAAAAUAAAUAUUAUAACGGAAAAGCGGUGCGGGGGAUAGGAAAAAAAGAAAAAAAAGAAAUGAAGGCGGUUUCCAUCUCCAGGCAGGCUCCUUAUUUCUGAUUAACGCUUUCCGUGCCUCGCUGAGACACGCCGUCCCAGCUCUGCGUGUCUCUGCGCCGCUCGGUGGUCGUCAGGAGCCCCCGGCCCCCGGCCCCCCUCCCCGCGUCCGGUUAACCGUCACCGCCCGCAUCUCUGCUCGAGUCAUCGCGAAGAUGGCGACCGGGUCGGGCUGGCAGCAGUACUACUGCCCCACCGGUCAGGGGAAAUUUACCUCCGCCUCAGCGUCAGCCGCCGCCGCCGCCACCGCCUCCUUCCAGUCCGGCGUCGCCAUGGAAUAUACCCAGGACCUGCACCUGAGGAUGAGCAAGAAGAUCGCACAGCUAACCAAGGUUAUCUACGCACUGAACACAAAAAACGACGAACACGAGGCCGCCAUCGCCACCCUGAAGGAGGCGCAUGAAGAGGAGGUGCAGCAGAUUCUUUCUGAGACCAGAGAGAAGAUUCUGCAGUACAAGAGCAAAAUCAGCGACGAGAUGGACCUGAAGAAGAGGAUCCAGUCUCUGGAGGAGUCCAUGGAGCUCCACGAGCGCAUGAAGAGGCAGGCGCUGGCCGAGUUCGAGAACUACCGUCAGAGGGUGGAGGACAUGCAGCUGUGCACCGAGGCCCAGCACACGCAGCGCGUGGUGUCCAUGUCGAGGGAGGUGGAGGAGAUGAGACGGUCCUUCGAGGAGAAGCUGCGGACGUUCAGCCAGGCCCAGGCGCAGUUUGAGCAGGAGAAGAAAGCCGCUCUGGAGGAGCUCAAGGCUCAGCACAGACAGGAGAUCCAGGAGCUCCUGCGCAGCCACCAGAGUCAGAACGCAAACUACAGCAAAGACCAGGAGAAACUGGGACAGCUCCAUAAAGCAGAGGUGGAUUCUCUGACGGAGCGGGUGGAGGAGCUCAAGCAGGACAAGAAGAGGCUGGUGGAGGAAUAUGAAGCCAAACUCAGCAAGGCUCAAGCCUUUUAUGAACGCGAGCUGGAGGCCAUGAAGAGAACCCAGCAGCUGACGGCCGACAACCUGCUGGCGUGGAAACGAACCGAGGCCGAACUGCGGCGAGAGUUUCAGACUCAGGAGGCCGCGCUCCAGAAAACCCUGGGAAAGCUGCGCGCCGAGCUGGCCCGGGUAUCGGAGGAGGCUCGGGAAAACCGCGAGAAGUCCUACAAGCUGCAGGCGUCGCUCACCACGGCGGAGAGCACCGUCAAGGACCUAACCAAGCAGCUGGACGAGGUGACCCAGAACUCCGAGAUUAUAGAGAUCCGCCAGAAGGAGGCCGAGUGUGAGCUGGAGGCAGCCAGAGACCGAGUUCAGCAGCAGGCAACGGAAAUACUCCUCAAAGCCAGUCAGAUAAGCGGUCUGCAGGCGACCCAAAUGACCCAGGAGGCAGCCAUUAGGGACCUGGACAACGAGCGAAGCCGCCUGAAGGACAAGGUGCUGAGGAUGGAGGAAGAGAGAGAGGCCCUGCAGAGCCAGAGCAAAGCACUGGAUGAAAGACACAAGCAGCAGAUCCAGUCCCUGGAGAAGACCCUCCAGGACGAGAAGACGUCCCACGAGAAGGACAUGGGCAGCGUGCGAGCUCACUACGAGGAAGAGGCCAGCCAGAUGAAGGAGGGCCAGGCUCGGGCUCUGGAGGAAGUGGCCAAGAAGCACAGAGUGACGCUGGAGAACGCGCUAACCAACGCCGAGAAGGACAAGAACCGCCUGCUGGCUGAGAUGGAGCAGCAGUUUGAGAAGGAGCGGCUCUCUCUGGAAGAGCAGAAGAUGCUUCUCAGUCAGCAGCUGGAUGAGAUGAGGGAGGAGCUGACGUCCAAACUCCAAGCAGCCAACGAGGAGGUGUCUCGGCUGCAGCAGGAGUUGCGGAAAGGGGAGCAGGACUUCGGCACGGCUGAGGGGCAGAUCUCGACUCUGAAGGAGGCGCAGGACAAACUGCUGGAGGAGCUGGACGCCACCCGGGCCCGACUGAGAGAGACCAGCAACCUGCUGACUGCGCUGCAGGGAGAGCUGGAAACCCAAAAACGCCACCAUGAAGCCAAACUCAUUACCACCAAAGAAGAAGAAAAGCAUAAGAUGGACAAGCAGGCCCUGGAGCUGGAGCUCAAAUGGACCGAAACGCUGCGGCAGGAGUGCAAGAAGCUGCGCGAGGAGCUGAGAGAGGAGCACGAGGAGGACAAGGCUUCAGCUCUGGCUCAGCUGACACAAAGCAAGGAGCAGGAGCUGAACAACGCCAGGGAGAGCUGGCAGAGGAAGGUGGAGGACCUGCUGGAACAGAUAUCGCUGCUGAAGCAGAGCCUGGAGAUGCAGCUGUCCCAGUCGCAGUCCUCGCUGCAGCAGCUGCAGCACCAGUUCAGCCAGGAGAGGGAACACCUGAGGAUGCAGCUGGACGAGCUGCAGACGGAGCACCAGAGGCGGCAGCAGCGUCUGCAGGAAGCCCACCGCAGCGCCAUGCAGGACAUGGAGCACACCAGGCAACGCGACCUGAAGGAGCUGGAGGAGCGUCUGCGCCAUCAUCACCACGCAGAGCUGCAGUCUCUCAGAGAGGCGCACCGGCAGAGCAUCGAGACGCUGAAGCAGCAGUCGGAGCAGGAGCUGCAGACUCUGCGCUUUGAGCUGGAGGACGAGGGCAAAGCCAUGCUGGCCUCCCUGCGGUCCGAGCUGAACCACAUCCACGCGUCGGCCAUCGAACACCUGCGGCAGACCCACCACCAGGAGUCGGCAGCUGCCAAGGCCGAGCUGGAGAAAGCCCUGGAGAACAACCGGACGCAGGAGCGGGAACUGCUCAGCCGGAUCUCUGAGCUGCAGGAGGAGGUUUCCAGGCGGAAGAGCCACAUCGCCCAGCUGGACCACCAGAUCCACACGCUCAACGAGAACAUCAGCACCCUGACGAAAGAGCUGGAGCUGAAGGGCAAGGAGGUGCUUAAGAUCCGCAGCGAAGCCAACCAGCAGAUCCGGGCCCACGAGCAGGAGCUGACGAAGAGGCACGAGAGGGAGCUGACCGAGCUGAGCGCGGCCCACAGCAGGGAGACCCAGAACAUGCUGUCGGACUUCAACAAAGCCCAGGAGCUGCUCAAAGACAAGAUCUCCGCCCUUCAGAUUCUUUUGGAAGGAACAGAGGAGAAGUUCAGAAACAGAGAGAGUCGACCUGAAGACCUGCAGGUCAUCGCUGAGCUGAAGGAGAUGGUCACAGAGAGAGAAUCUCUGGUCAAAAAGCUGGUGGACGAUAAGAAGUUCUACCAGCUGGAACUCGUCAACAGGGAGACCAACUUCAACAAAGUGUUCAACGCCAGUCCUAACGUAGGAGUCAUCAACCCACUCAUCAAGCAAAAGAAAAAGAAUGAGAAAGCAGCAGCCAGCAGAUUCAGCAGCUCUCCUAAUCUCAGGGCUCUGGAGGCAGCAGGUAUGGGUUUGGGUGUGGUGGGCAUGGGGACUGGGCAGCCGCCGCAGACCCCGCCCCCUCCCCCAGCCCCGCCCAGCCGCCUAGAUCCCAUCCCCAACUCCCCCCUCCACCACCUAGAGCUCAACUCCAACAAACCUCUUGCCCCGCCGACCCCUCCCACCGAACCCAAGAAGUUCAUGAGCCCUCCUGAGACGAAGGACUCUGCCAUCGACCAGGCCGACGCCCAGCGCCAGGAGUGGUUCGCCCAGUACUUUUCCUUUUGAUUGACCAGAACUUCUAAAAGGAUUCAGCAUGUCGACCAAACUUAAAGAAAAAAAAAUAAAGCAUCAGAAGAAAAAAAAAAAAUCUGGGGAAGAAAAAAAAAAUGGAAAAAAAUGUUGAAACUAUUUGUUAUUUAUUGUCAUUUUACGGUCGUGGGGGUCAGUUCACUCCAGAUCCGGUCAGCCGCCGUCUGAGAACGGACUCUCAUCGACCCGUCGGUGAACAACAGAACCUGAUGUCACUAACUAACACCUUGGACUGAGACGUGGAGACGACCGGGCGGAAAGUGAGCUGAACCCGACCGGACGUCAUCACUCUGAUCUGAUUUGAUUGUUUCACUGUGGACGAGUUUCUCUCUUAGUACAGUGGCAAUAAUCAUCCGUAUGUUCGAUGUUUAUUUGAUUUCAUUUCUUUCCGACUUCUGUUGCAGUUUCUUUGAGCUAGGAAACACCAAGUGGUGCGUUAUCAUGCUGCUAAAUGCCAUAGUUGGACUACAGUGAGAAUUAAAUAUAUAUAAAGAAAUAAAUGGUAGAUUAUUGUGCUUUCUCUCUCUCUGUAUGUGGGUCUACUGCACACAGCAUCUUAGGCUAGGAGGGCUGAUCCAAGACCAGUUUCCCCUCCUCCUUUCUGGUGACAUUCACCUGAUCCCAGAUCAGUUACGCGUCUCCAUGAAUACGGGCUCGGACUUUAGGACGGUUUGUUACAGCUGCGUAGACGUUUCAGCGGAUUUUGUUAGAAUAUUAAAACCUGUUUGUAUGGUUGUCUGUCUCAACACAGAUAUAAUGAUGUCUCACCGAUUUUAAAAACAAAAAUAGCAUUUUAUAUUUAUAAUAUAACGUGUAUGCUUAAUAAAGAUUAUUGUGACAUUUA